AUGCUGGGCUGCAACCUGCACUUCAGGAAAGAGCGAACUUCUGUCUGAGUUGAUUGAUUUGCUUGGUUGGGAAAGUGCUUCGGAAGUAUUGGUAAAGACGUGCUUUGAAAGUGUUUUGCCUUGGUUAUCCUCACCACGUCGUACUUUUAACGUGCUGGCACUAUAUUUUGAUUAUUAACUGGACUUAAAAAAUAUUGGAACUGGAAUAGAAUGUCGCCCAAAGUUAAAGCUCACUCUAAGUGCAACACAAAACCUUUUUUUGUGGAUGAUGCACUAAGUGAUGUCCUGUGCGAGUUUAAUGCAGUGAUUGAAGACUUCUCGUCCCCCAUCCACAAAAGGAAUUUCAGAUAUGAUGAGCAUUUGAAAAGCAUGAAGAGACGGAGCAGUGCCAGCGUCAGUGACAGCGGGCUGAGCGAUUCUGACAGUGCAGACUCACUUUACAGAAACAGCUUUAGCCUCAGUGAUGAGAAGUUAAAUUCUCCAGCAGUGGCUUCUCCAUUCUCAACCUCACCAUCUGUUACUCCUCACAGAGCAAAGCUUGGAGACACAAAGGAAUUGGAAGACUUCAUAGCAGAUCUUGACAGAACAUUAGCAAGCAUGUAAAUAGGAAGAAAAGGGACACCAAGCUGUUGAAAUGAACUUGGAGAUGUGCAUAAGGAGAACAAGUACUGUAUCAGGACUUCUCAUCAAAUGGCAACAUUUAUUAACUGUGUGAUGGCUUACUGAAGUGUUGGAAUAUAUA